GAGAUCCUAAAGGGAAAUAAAAAAAAAGACAGAUUAGACUUAAAGAAGACCGAUAAGAGCCUUGUAUAUUGCAUCAACCUCAUCACAGGGCCUUAAACAGAAAUGGAGUUCAUUUGGCUGUACUCCCUCUGCCAGUGCACUCUUUCUUUAUUUCUGAUUGUGGUCAGUGUGAGAUUGUGCAUGGCGGUCAGCAGCAGCAGAGCUGUGGCUGAUGUCCACCAGGAAGCACAGGGUGGCGGGGUACAACCUGGAAGUGUUUCAUCCUGUCUCCGGCUGUGCCUGGGCUGUGUUGGGGCCGUGGGUGGGGCAGUGGGAGUUCCUCUAACUCUGCUGCUCAACCUGCGAACACCCCACUGUCUCUACACAUGCAUGACACUGGUGUGUUGCCCUUUGCUGAUCCGACAGUUUACCAUGUUCCUGUUAAUGCUGCUCACACUGGACACCCACUUGCAGCAUCAUUUGGCAGACAGAUACUCUUCAGUGGUGACCCGUCGCCGAGCUCUGUGUGUGGUCCUGUUGUGCUGGUUGGGGUCAGUUCUCUCGUCCUUUGCCCAGUUCAUAGGCUCAGACGUCCUCAGCUCCUCCAGAAGUGACGGCUCUGGUCUCAACACCGAAGGUCAUGGACUAAAAGCCAACUGGACCACUUCCUCACCCCCUCUUACAACAACCCCUGUACCAAGGUACUUUCAUGACCGUGAGGUAAUUGGGAAGUUCCUCCCAUAUGGAGGUUUCUUGUCAAAGUUCUAUGUGGAGGAUAUGAGCAACUUCACCUACGCAGAAAUCCACAGCAGCCACUGGGGCGUGUGUGCCCCUAAUGCCAUCCUAAGCCCGCAGUUCAUCGUCUACGUUCAUGGAAUGACCGUCUUUAUCCUGCCCUUUCUCUUCUUACUGGCCAUUUACUUUGACUUGCUGUGCAGCUCUCUUGCUUUUUAA